UCAUUUUGGUGUUGUUGUUCUUCCAACAAGGUAAGAGAAUAAGAAGAAGCAGAACACCUUUUUUUCCUUGCCUUCCAUCCCAAUCCCACAUUUCCACUAUAUAUAAAAUCCAAGCCUCACUAUCCCUCUUCCAUCUUACCCUCACACCACACCGCUUCCCUCUCUUUCUUCUCUCCAUAUUUUUUGCUCAACUUCUUUCAUGGAUUUUCAGUAAAAUAAUCAUCCAUUGAAUCCAAGCUCAACCAACAUAAACCUACUCUGUUUCGAAUUGGGUCGGGUUUUAAGUUUGAAUCAGUUGAUUAAAGCUAAUGGGGAUUGAGAAAAUGAACUUUGUUAAGGAUGGAGUGCUGAGAUUGCCACCCGGGUUCCGGUUUCACCCAACCGAUGAGGAGCUGGUGGUACAAUACCUGAAGCGCAAGGUACUCUCUUGGCCUCUCCCGGCCUCCAUCAUCCCUGAGGUUGAUGUUUGCAAGUCUGAUCCUUGGGAUUUGCCUGGUGAUUGGGAGCAAGAAAGGUACUUUUUCAGCACGAGGGAAGUCAAGUACCCGAAUGGGAAUCGGUCCAAUCGGGCUACCGGGUCCGGGUAUUGGAAGGCCACCGGUGUGGACAAGCAGAUUGUCACGGCGACCGCGGCCACCGCCGGCGGCAAGCAGGUGGUGGGUUUGAAGAAAACACUGGUGUUUUACAGAGGAAAGCCACCUCACGGUGUCAGAACCGACUGGAUAAUGCACGAGUACCGCCUCUCCAACCUCCAGCUCCCCGGGAAUUGGGUGCUGUGCCGUGUAUUUUUGAAGAAGAGAGGUGGCAAAUCGGAAGACGACACUCCAGAAUUGCGUAAUUGUGGCGGCAGGAGCUUAUUCGGACAGAUUGACGAUAACAAUGAGGCGAUGAACAAGAAAAAGGGCGGCGCCGGUGGCGGUGGCGGCGGCGGCUGCAAAGGUGGGCUGGUUUACUAUGAUUUCAUGGCUGAGGACAGGAAAACCCAGAUGGGUUCUCCGGAUUCGUCGAAUUCGGGUUCGAGUGGGAUAACUGAGAUAUCCAGUAAAAAUGAGAACAAGAGGAAAAAUGGAUCAGAAGCUGAUCGGGAAGAAGAAGAAGAUGAAAGUAGCAGUUGUUGCAAUAGUUUUAACUCCCCCAGCAGGAAAGCAUGGCUCUGAACUCGGAAGAAUCAGAAAUCCGUCAAAAAAAUGUCGCACAAUAACCAUUUUCUGUUUUAGUAGACGUUUUAAAGUUAAUUAACCAAGUUUCUAGAGCCUCUAGUUUUGGCAUUUCGGAAUCAGUUGGCUAAGAUGAAAUUAGAAGAUGACAUGAGCUCCACACCAAAUAUUUAGAACAAUGACAACCCAAAAAAAAAAAAAAAAAAUGCUGGGAACUGCACUAAGAAGGUUGAGUAGUUUAGACCAAGAAAAUCAAUGUUAAUUUCUGCAAUUAGUUCUUUUGUCCAGUCUCGUCUCGCUCCAAUGUGCAUCAUUAUAUUCGUGAAACUCAUCAUUGAUCACAAACAUAGUUGAAAUCCUUAACGAAAAUCUUCCACGACUCAAAACUCAAAAUGCCUUUGGGUAGAACACCACAGUAACUCCUUCAUCGGCAGAGUUAAUUAUUUUGGAACGAUUGAGUAGUCACAGUUAUUUAUGCUUAGCACUACUACAAAUGGUUGCACAAAAUAGUCACAGAAUUGAAGAGUGUUUUGCUUUUAGGUUUAACUGAAUGUCUACUUAUAAAAUAUAAACGAAUAAGUUGUGUAAGUAAUCAACUUCAAUAAAGUUGUAGAAGUGUGCUUCAAAUUCGAC